AUGAAUUAUGAAGAUCAAGGAAUGGUUAUGAAACUUCCGGAUCAAUAUUCCGAACAGAAUAAUUUUAUUCAUCGAGACGCAUAUAACAAAAUCAAUUUUACUGAGUGGGGUGAAGAGGAUGGUGAUUUUGAGCUUGAAGAAGAAUUUCAUCAAUCAAAUCAGAUCCAAGUUAUUCAAGAUAAUAAUUCACAACAAGAAUUGAGCAGUGGUGCUGAUCAACAAGAUGUCGAAAAAACUGUUAGUCCUGAUCAAAUCCAUCUUACCCAAACUAACGAUGAACAAGUGGAUGAAGUUACGAUAGAUGAUGAUACUCACUUCCCACCGAGAGAUAAUGAAAUGAAAUCGAUUCUUGAAGAAAUUGAAAAGCUAGAACAAAGUGAAUCUGUCCAGGUCAAUGAGAUACCAGUUCAGUCUGUUUUAAUAGAUAGAAAUGAUGUUUCAACGUUAGAAAGUGAGAUAACUAAAUCUCAACAGUCCGAGAAAGGAAGAAAGAAAGUUUCGAAAAAAUCGACCGCACGAAGAAAAUCUAAAGCUGACACCGAUUCCGUACAACCUGUCGAAAAUGUUGAAAAUAAUUUAUAUUCCGAAGAUGGCAAUGAUUCGGGUGAUGAUAAUUUGAAAAGAGAAAACUCCGAAAUGUCCGCUUCUAUAACUAAAUCUGGUCGUAAAAUCCAUAAACCUAUUUUUUUCAAUCCUUCUUCGUAUAUCGAACCCAAAAAAAAACUUACCGAUGCAAAAGAUCCAUCUUCUGAACCUAAUAAAGCCCCUUCUGAUUCAAAAAAGUCCUCUUCUAAAAGAUCGUUGG